UGAUUCUCACGCGAGUCACGCGCCGGCCCGGGCAGGCAAGAGGACCUAAGGGUCCUAAGGACCUGGUGCAAGCGCAUCUCUGCCUGCGGGCACGGUGGCGACGCUGCCCGAGCACUCAUCGCUGCCCGAGCGCAUCGAUCCCAGUGGCCAGCCGAGCGGAACACCACUACCCAACACUCUGCGAGGCCGCGCGCGACCAUGCGGGCGCGCCUCGCCACGGCGGACCCCGCGACCAAUGAUGACGCGCUCGUCGAGCACACGGCGCCGGCCCGACGCCGGCCGCGACGGAGGCUCUGGUGCGCCCUCGGCGCCGCCGCCGUGCUAGCCGUCGCGGUCCUAGCGAAGGCGUGGGUCCGGGGCGAGGUGUGGCUCGCCUACGUGCUGCCGACGCCGGCCGUGUGGGACCGCGUCCACGCGGGCGGCGCGACGCGCCACUGGCGCGAACAUAAUGGGACGCAAGCGAUGCUCGUCGCGCAAAUCAAUCAAAGGCACCCCGGUUAUUCGUCGUUGCUGGACCUUGGGUGCUCACGUGGCCUCGUCCUCGCGCAGCUCGCCGCGCGGCAAUCACAGGCCGCGCACUUCGGCGCCGAUAUCUCCCCGCGGAUGGUCCGCCGGGCGCGGCGGCGGUGCCCGCGGUGUUUUGUAGAGGUCGUCGAUGCCGCGACGCUCGCCCUGCCGGACGGCUGGCCAGAUUCGUACGACGUCGUGCUCGUCUCCGAUGUGUUGUACUACAUCCCCUUCGCGGGCGUGCCUCAAAUGGUAGCGUCGGAGAACCGCAACGUUGAAGCGUCGCGGCCGUGGUUCGCGGCCGUCUCCAGAUUAGCGCGGCGCGAGGUGGUCUUCUCGAGCCACCAGAACAACCCAUGGGUGCGGGCCAUGCUCCGGGCUGCAGGCGCGCGCCAGCUCUCGCCAGGCGGCGCGUGGGCCCUGGCCGGUACCGCUGUCUGACCCCUUGUCUGACCCCUUGUCUGACCCCUCGCCUGUAAGUAUGUUUGCCAGUGUAUAGUGUA